AAGAUUUCUGGGCGGCAUUUGUCUUCUUCUUUACGCUUUUUGUGUGCUAAUUUUUUCGGAAAAAAUGCUAAAUUAGUAAAGAAAUUUGUGAAAAAUUAUUAUUAAAAUUGAAAUGCUUACAAAAUGUUACUAAACGAUUCUAUGAAGUCAUCAAAUAUCUCACAGCUAACACAAAAUGAUGGAUCUACGAAUAAUGCCAGUGCUACAAACACAAUUGGCGUCAUAACAGCCAGCACGGCUUCUGCUAGCGCAUCUUCUGGAACAACAACUACCGGAACUCCUCUAAGAUCAAGAAACAACAAUAGAGACCGUCAGCAAUCCGAUGAAAAACAGGAUUCUAGUAAUAUUAAAGGAAAAAAUCCUCCUAAGCCCAUGGAGGAAUUUUACAAAGAUCUACAACAAUUUCACGAGAAAAGGGGCACUCCCAUCAUGCACAUGCCGAAAAUAACUGGACGUCAGGUUGAUCUUCAUCGUUUAUAUUGUGAGGUCACUGAAAGAGGGGGAUUUCAAAAGGUUAAUAUGCGUGACGAAUGGGACGAAAUUUUACCAGAACUGGGCUUGAAAGAAAAAAUCGUAAAUGGUUCUGCUGCACUGAAAUAUAUUUAUCGUCGUGUAUUGGAAAAAUAUGAAUGUUUAAAUUACUUCGGUGAAGAUCCCGACAAAGUAGAUGCUUUAGCAGCUGCAGAAAUGAAUGAAUUUAAUAUGGGUGGUGGUCGUGGUAGAGGUUCACGGCAUCCCACCUCUUACAGCAGUUCAAAUCCAACCAUAAUACACAGUGUGGCUAUGUCCUACAACUAUAGGCAACAUCAUGUAAAUAUGGAUAGAAGGAGGCAGUUUAAACUAUCCACAGAUCUACACAAACCAUCACCAUAUGAAAAGUUAAUGUUGUCACUACUCUCCCCACUACCAAACGAACAAGAUUUUGCCAUAAAUGCCUGCACUUUAAUGGCCAAUGAGGCUAGACAUACCUUGAAAUUAAAUGAAUUUCCAAAAUUAUUAGAUGCUUUAUUAGCUCACACGGGUGUAUUUUCUGACUAUACCAUGCGCAAGUUGUUCCAACACAUUUACAGUGGUGUUAGGCAUCAUUCCUUGUAUGGAUUUUGGUUUGAUUUGCUAAGUGACAAGCCACAAAUAUUGGAUUUAUACACAGAUGAGCAGUCGUUGCGUGAAGCAGCUUUAAUAGAUGACUACGAUGAUGGAAAACCGGAAAUGGAGGGCAUUUGGCAAGAUCGCACUGAAUUGGACUUUUUAAAUUUACGCACAGGUUUGGGUACACAGGACUAUGUUGGGCAGAGGGUAUUACAAGUGGUUUCUAUACUUCGUAAUCUCAGUUUCCAGGAGGAAAACUUGGGCGUUUUAGUAAAAAAUAAAACAUUUCUACGUUUCCUAGUGAUGAGUUCUAACAUACGCUGGAGCAAUGUUCACAUACAGGCUCUAGAAAUUGCAGGCAAUAUAGCUGGAGAAUUGGAAAUCUUAGAUCCUACCAUAGACGACUUAUCACGUUGCCUAAUGGCCACAAUAUGUGACGGCAUUGAAGGACCUGAUCGUGGUGUCAUAAUCAAUUGUUUAGAGAUUCUGUACAAACUGUGUCAGAAGGACACGAAUGAGGACUAUGUCCUUAAAUGUUUAAAUAACAGCUUUUAUAAUACUAUAUGUUUGUUUUUGUCUCUUAACGAUAUAAUGAUGUUACUAUUCACUCUGGAAGCAAUUUAUGCUCUCACUUGUUUAGGUCCCAAAAGUUGUCAUUCUAUGAUGCAGGUAAAGGGCAUUGUAGACCAAUUGAUUUCUUUGAUUACUGUGGAGGGUCAAGCGUAUGGUCCGGAUGGUUGUAUAUUGAUGCGUGUUGUUGAAACUGUGCCAGCCCAUUUGCUUCCCACGGUGGCUGAAAAUAUUUCUAAUUUACAAAAUGUAGCACAUAUGCCACAGAUACUUACACCUAAUCCAAUGCAUGUUUCUGAAAUACCCGAAUCUGUUGGUGAAAACAUACAACAAGCCCAGCAGCAACAACAACAGCAUCAGACCCAACAACAAUUACAAAUGCCUCAAAACUUUACACACGACGAUGAACAAUACGCUUUAGCUUGGCUGGGAGCGACCUUUGAACGCGCUCCUAAUGUAUCCAGUUUUAUUGAAACACAGGAAUUGUAUCGCAUGUAUUUGUCACACUGCCAAAAAUCCGGCAAGCACUCUGUAGUUAAUCAUUUACAUUUUCCCAAAUUGGUACGUCUAAUUUUUACCGCUGCCAUUGGACCGACUACAGUUAAAAAGGUUGAUGGCACUGAAUUACCUGGACUGCACUAUGUGGCCAUAAGGUUAAGAGCUCAACCACUUCCGUUGCAAAAGUCAAGUCUAUCGGUUAGUACUGGUCCAAUCUCACCCUCGGGCAAACAUUCCGAAAGCCCAGGCUCCGCUAGAAAAAUUAAGAAAAAAAUAAAGCAACAAACAGAAUCACCGGUAUCCACAACUACACCAGCUACACUGUCUGUUGCUGCCACUACAGCUACCCCUCAAGUAACCACAAAUACAGGAGUUGCCAUUGCAUCAGAUAACCCAACAACUGCUACAAGUGUAUCUGAACCGGUCAAACAAGUAGCAAAUCCGGUAACCCCAAUAAUCAGCCAGGCAACCGCACAAUCAGUGAUCGAAAAGCGGCCUCCAACACCCCAACAAACAGAGGAGAAAAAAGAGGAAAAAAUGGAUGUUGAAGAAAAAAUCGAUAAUCCUGCCAAAUUAGAAAAUCCUACACAGACAAUUGUGCAAAGUGUGCCAGAGCCUGAGCCCAUGCAGAUUGUUGAUACAACUUCCGUCAUUCAACCAGCAAUGGCACAAAAUCCAUCGUCUUUAAUUAAAAGUUUACUGGCCAAUAAAGUCAAUCAAAGGCAGAUGAAACAAAAAGACAUUACUGCUAGUUCAAAUAACACAACAGCAACCACAACUUCUGUACCCACUACAACUGCACAGCCAAUUAAAAUGACCACUACGGCCAUCACUGCUUUAGUUAAUAAUCCACUCAUGCAGCAUACACCAGUAAAAGUAGGACAAACUACUAUAAAACCUCUAAAUCCUCAUCCUCCUAUUUUGGACAAAAAGCCACAAAUAUCCGAAUCUACACCUCCGCCCUUAGCCCCACUAAGUGGCGCAAAUGUUGCUAAGGAUGCCUCUGGCAGACCUAUUAUUCUAGCCAAUCAAAUGUUGGUAGAUAUUCUAGAUAAGAAAAUGGUUGAUCCUCCCAUACCGACUAGUAUUAUACAAAAACGUAAAAUAGAGGACAACUCAGGAAACAACAAACGUUUAGCUAUGGACACGAACUCAUCUGUAACGUCUGCAAAAGAGGAGCCUCAAGUUACGCCCUCUAAAAAUGCGGCCAACUUAUAUGCUGAAAUGGCUGCUUCAAUAUUGGAAGAUGAAGAUCUUGAAGAGUUUUCUACUCAAACUCAACAACAGCCUCCACAACCACAGUUGGAACAACAGCAAAUCCAGCAAACUUCUCUUAUAAUACCGGCCAAGGUACAGCAGCAACAGACAACAGCUGCACCUUUACAAGGUGUACAAAGGCAGUUAGUAUUUCAAUCGAAUCAGCCACAACUAAAACUUACACAACCCGUACCAACUACCAGUCAGCAAAUUCCCAAUGCUAUGGCGACAAUUAAGACAGAUCACGGCCUGCAAACCGUUCCUGUUAUACUGCAACAGAAACCCAUGGAAGUGCAGCAACAAGGUCAAACACAAAUCAUACAACAAAUGAUGCAACCUGCUGCUCAACAACAACAAACAUAUGUUUUAGCCACAAAUCAACAGGGCCAAACUUACUUAGUAGCCCAACAAACGCAGCCACAUCCUCCUCCGCCACCUCCUCAACCUACUCAAACGGUUUUGGUCACUCAAACUCCCCAACAACAGUCGACAGGACAAAAGACUAUAAUAAUAUUGCAACAGCAACCCAUGCCUGGACAACAGCAGCAGAUAAUUACCACUGGACCACCAGGACAAGGACAAAAAAUGAUAAUGACCACUUCACAAGGUCAACAAGUACUGGUUACCCAAAGACCACAAACGCCACAGCAAAUAUUCAUCAAUCCCCAAACUGGAACUGCCACGCACAUUCAACAUAUGCCGAUGCAAACCCAAACAAGGCAAAUUAUUCAAACUACUAACCCGCCACAACAACAGCAAACAACUCAAAUUCAAGCAGGACAAAUAUCACCUUCCCUGCUCAAUCAGCUAAAUCAAAUACCAGCCACCAUAAAGCUGCAUCAACCAAUAGCUCAACAUACAACGCCUUCUCCCCAACCGCAACCAGCUACGAUUACACGCAUGGCCAAAACCGUUUCAUUAGUUCAAUCAUCCAACACGCCUGCAGCACCGGUAGCUAUACCUCAGCUACAGCAACACCAAUCCAUAAUACAACAACACAUUAUAUCUGGACCAUCAGAAAAACGCCAUGUCAUACUUAGUGGAGGCGCUGCCACUGCCGGUGGAGUUGGUAUGCGUGCUAUAGAAAUAAAAGAAACUGUUAUUACCCAGGCUCAGCAACCACCACAACAGCAACAACUUAACUCGCAGACUAUUAUAACAACACAGCAACCACCACAGGGAACAGUUGCGUCGACAACAACUCCACCACUUCUACAACAACAGGUACAACAACAAAUUAGGGCUGUUAUUGAACAACAGCAACAUCCUUCUAUUAUACAGCAAAAAAUAUCCUCAUUGCCAGUUGUGCACCAGCAACAACAACAACAGCAACCACAGGCUUCUUCGUCGUUGACAUCGUCAGCACAGCAACAAACUAAAAUGCAAAAUCAAGUAUUGAUACAGGCUAAUAUUGCUGCCUCCAAACACAAAACAUCACUAUCACAGCAACAACUGCAAACACCAACACUUAAAGCAGCAAAGCAACCGGAUCCAACGCCUUCUCUGAUACAAUCAAAAAGUGUAACACAAACUCAUAAUGUUACUCAUACUACUGCUCCCUCAAUUCCAAUAAUGACUCAAUCACCAGGCGUGGGAAAUAUUAAGAAACCGCCAACAUUAAUUAAACCUUCCCUACCCACAGUUAAAUUGCCUCCAAUUGUAAAUAACCAAGGACCACCACCACUGGCUGUAGUAAAUAACACAGCAACAGCUAACAACUCAUCUGGAAAUGCUCCUGCUCCAAUGACUACAGAGGUAAACAAAAAAGAAGAAACUAUCAAAACUCAGACGGCAGCACCUACUCAGGGUCCAUUGUUAUCAACAUCUGCAGCUAAACCGAAUCCUACACAAACGCCACAAACUUUAACAACUUCAGCCACAUCCACAGCUUCAACGACAACAUCGAGUAAUAAUGCUGGCUUAGCACAACCACCAAGCAAUCAAAAUCAACCACAAUUACCAACGCAACCACCACCUCAACCAACAAAUGCUCCCCUCCCCGUAACAGCCCAAGCACAGCAACCACCCCAACAACUCUCCACUCUGGAUGCUCAAUGGUUAUACAUAUGUGAUUGGCGCAAUUGUCCACGUAAAAAAUUCAAAUCAAUGGGUGAUUUACAACAUCAUGUUUGUACAUCACACGCUCCAGAUCAUUUAGAUCCAGCGGCAGAUAUCUUUUGUCAAUGGGGUGUAGGUCCCGGUCUCUGUGACGGGGUACCUCGUAAACGUUUUUCACUUAUGACCCAUCUUAUCGAUCAUCAUUUAACACUGGAUAGUUUAAGAACAGCUGUUCAACGUAGAAUUGCUACCGGCAUGUACAACAUAACACCAGCCAUACCGCCCGUUACCAUAGUACGUAACAUUGAACUAUCUCAAAGAGCUAACAAUGCCUCGCCCUCUCCAUCGAACUCUUCAUCGUCGAGUUCUCAGACCCAAUCGACUACAGGACUUUCAGCUUUACAGGCCAUUAAACGUCACACAACUGAUUUAAUGAAUUCAAAAGAGUUAAUGGAUGAGAAUGAAGGUCCCGUUACCAAGAGUAUACGUUUGACUGCCUCAUUGAUUUUACGUAAUUUGGUGACGUAUACCUCUACAGCUAAGCGUAGCAUACGUCGCUAUGAACCACAUUUGGCAAAUAUUGCUUUAAGUAAUGUUGAAUCAAGUGUCACUAUAUCUCACAUUCUGUAUGAAAUGAAUGGUUGAAUCUUACAUUAUUAUGUAUUUUCAUGAUAUCCACAUUUAAGCAUAAGUAUCAAUCAGCUUUCUUUUUAUUUAAAGUGUCUUUACGUUUAAAAAAAUGCGUUCUUUAAGUUUUAAUUGCAUAAACAGUUACAUAUUUUAUCUAUUAUUUCUUCUAUAAUACAUAUUUCAUUUCCAUUCGAAAUGUCCUCUAAUAUAUUAAAUACACUUUUUGAUUUUACAAUAAAAGCUCGAUUUUAGAAAUCAAACAAUAAA